GUCAGUCACAAUUAUAUCAUUUAUUUACCAAAAAACCAAUAAAACCAAUCUAAACAAGCAAGCAACGACCUGGACCACGUCGCCUUACUGACUUCGGAUUUCCCCAACUUCCCGACGGAGUCAUCUCUCUUCUCUCUCUCGGAUUGAUCUGACAAGUACUGGUGAUAUUUCUUUCGCGGGGUGUUUGCGCGUUUGAAUUGAUAAUUCAGAUAUGAGUCACAGAGGAUUAAUAUAUAGCUUUGUUGCAAAAGGAAGUGUUGUUUUAGCAGAACACACGACCUUCACCGGAAACUUUAGUACCAUUGCUGUUCAAUGCUUGCAGAAGCUACCUUCCAGCAGCAGCAAGUACACCUACUCGUGCGAUGGCUACACUUUUAACUUCCUACUUGACAGUGGAUUCGUGUUUCUUGUUGUUGCUGAUGAAUCGGCCGGAAGGAGUGUGCCUUUUGUGUUCCUUGAACGAGUGAAAGAGGAUUUCAAGCAGCGGUAUGCUGCAGAUAUUAAGAAUGCAGGGCCGCAUCCUCUUGAUGAUGAUGAUGAAGAGGAUGACUUAUUUGAAGAUCGAUUUAGCAUCGCUUACAAUCUUGACAGAGAAUUUGGGCCAAUGCUUAAGGAGCACAUGCAAUAUUGCAUGGAGCAUCCAGAAGAAAUAAGUAAGCUUUCCAAAUUGAAGGCCCAAAUCACGGAGGUGAAAGGUGUGAUGAUGGACAAUAUAGAGAAGGUUUUGGAUCGCGGUGAGAGAAUUGAGCUUUUGGUUGAUAAAACAGAAAAUCUGCAGUUCCAGGCUGACAGCUUCCAGAGGCAAGGCAGGCAAUUGCGACGUAAGAUGUGGCUGCAGAGUCUCCAAAUGAAGCUAAUGAUUGGAGGUGGAGUCCUUAUCCUGAUCAUCAUAAUAUGGCUUAUCGCCUGCGGAGGUUUCAAAUGCUAAGGUGCUAAGCAAACACGGAAUCGGCAAUUAUUAGGCAUCUGUUCUUCACUUGGUGUACAAAAUGUUAAUUGUUCCUGUAUACGUAAACUUUUGCAGAAUUUAAUACUCAACACUCGACAAUUCGUCUGCUAUGUAAUUAACCUCUAUUACCCGCUGGUUUUGUUUAAUCAGUUAAUUUUGAGGACAUAGUAGUUCUCUUCUUAA